AUGCGGACAGAGGGCCUCCGCAGGGCUCUCAUAAGCGAUGUUGCUGCUCGCUGGUAUGUCUUCCAACGUCGUUUUCUCUCAACAUCGACCGCUCAUUUGGUAGAGGAAAUUAGACAGGCGCUACGAGUCCUUUCACUCUCCGAUAGUGCCAGUGACGCCGAGGUAAGGGAUCGCUUUCAAUCAUUGGCUAAGAGUAACCAUCCUGAUGUCUUGCAAGGUGGCACCGAGGAGUCGUCAGUUGCCGAGGACAAAAUGCGCCGCGGGGUAGAGGCGUAUAAGUUGCUGCGCCGAUUCACUGAGGCGGAACGACAUGCCCUUUUAAAGCAAAGAGUACAGCAGGAAGAGGAAACAGAGCGAGGGCGGAGAGUAUACGAAGGUGUGGCUGGCCGAAAGGGCGAAGGGAGCAGAGCUACAUUUGAGUUCAACAAAUUUGAGCAGCGUCGGCGUGAGAUGAGGAACGAGGCCCCACCGUGGAAGGUGGACAACCACCCACCAAGAAAUCAAAGGCGGUCCUUUUUGUUUUAUGUUUUAGGUGGCGCGGCAACGGACGCACGAGUCUCCGCUGCUGAAAUACUCCGCGAGUACAGGCGUACAGGUCACCUGGCUGGUGGUCGAUUUAGGGACUGUUGUGCUGGCAGUUUUGGGUCUCGUGCACCAUCGGGGUUGUUUGGUGCCAAUGCUGACGAAUGGGCGAGGACCAGGCAGCGGGCAGAGCGGGCGCAGAUUGUCAGUGCGGCGUUUGGCCGCCAUAUAGUCGCUGGUGUUUUUGCCGUCACCGUCUUUUUGCUUAUUUGUAUGAUUUUUGUGGCAGUGAAGAAACACUACGCCGCGCGGGGCCUCUACACCAAUUCUGAGUCUUUUUCCAAACGUGAAUUGAGGUGA